AUGGCGGCGGUGGCGGCCGCCAUCGCCGACGGGGACUUCACGGCGACCAUUUACGGCCUGGUCCGGUCCGGGCGCUUCGCGGAGGCGGUGGCGAUCCUAAGCGGCGAGCUGCAGAGAAGCUCCCCUUCCCGGGCCGGGCUGUCCUUGCUGGGCUACUGCUACUACCAGCUGCAGGACUUCGUGGCGGCGGCCGAGUGCUACGAGCAGCUGACGGCGCUGCACCCGGAGCUCCACGAGUACCGGCUCUACCAGGCGCAGGCCCUCUACAAGGGCGGCCUCUACUCGGAGGCGCUGCGCGUCGCCGUGCCGCUGCUCGACGUGGCCCCUUUCCAGAGCCGGGCCCUCCGCCUGCAGGCGGCCGCCCACUACGCCCAGGGCGACCUUUCCAGCGCCAAGGCCCUGGUGGAGCUCCAGCAGUCGGGCUCGGCGGGGAGCAACGCCGUGGCCGGGGAAGACCCCUCGGAAGUGCCGGACGCCGAGGUGAACAUGGGCUGCCUGCUGUACCGCGAAGGGCAGCACGAGGAGGCCUGCAGCAAGUUCGCCUCCGCCAUGCAGGUGCUGGGCUACUGCCCGGAGCUCUCCUACAACAUGGCGCUCUGCUACUACGCCGCCAAGCAGUUCUCCCCGGCCCUGAAGCACCUCGCUGAGAUCAUCGACCGCGGCAUGCAGCAGCACCCGGAGCUGAGCGUGGGCACCAACACGGAGGGCCUGGACGUCCGCAGCGUGGGCAACACCCUGCUCCUGCACCGCACCGCCCUGGUGGAGGCCUUCAACCUCAAGGCGGCCAUCGAGUACCAGCUGGGCAACCUGCAGGCGGCUCAGGAGGCCCUCACGGACAUGCCGCCCAGGGCUGAGGAAGAGCUGGACCCGGUGACUUUGCAUAACCAGGCGCUGAUGAACAUGGACAAGCGGCCUACGGAAGGGUUUGAGAAGCUGCAGUUCCUGCUGCAGCAGAACCCCUGCCCGCCGGAGACGUUCGGGAACCUGCUGCUCCUCUACUGCAAACACCUGUACUACGACCUGGCUGCAGAUGUUCUGGCGGAGAAUGCCCAUCUGACUUAUAAACUGCUCACACCUUAUCUGUACAAUUUCUUGGAUGCCAUGAUCACUUGCCAAACUGCCCCAGAGGAGGCGUUUCACAAGCUUGACGAGCUGGUGGGAGCUCUCACUGAGCAACUAAGGAAGCUUACCAAGGAGGUGCAGGAGGCGAGAAAGAACCGGGACGACGAGGCUCUAAGAAAGGCGCUCGGCGAGUAUGACGAGACGCUGGAAAAAUAUGUCCCUGUCUUCAUGGCCCAGGCCAAGAUUUAUUGGGAUAUGGAGAAUUAUCCCAUGCUGGAGAAGAUGUUCCACAAGUCGGUGGAGUUCUGCAAGGAUCACGAAGUGUGGAAACUUAACGUGGCUCAUGUGAUGUUCAUGCAAGAGAAUAAAUACAAAGAGGCAAUCAGUUUCUAUGAGCCUAUUGUCAAGAAGCACUAUGAUAACAUUCUGCAGGUCAGCGCCAUUGUUCUGGCCAACCUAUGUGUUUCCUACAUCAUGACUAGCCAGAACGAAGAGGCAGAGGAGCUGAUGAGGAAGAUUGAGAAGGAAGAAGAGCAGCUCUCUUACCACGAGCCCGAUAAGAAGAUCUAUCACCUUUGCAUUGUCAACCUAGUCAUUGGGACGCUCUACUGUGCCAAAGGGAACUUCGACUUUGGCAUCUCGAGGGUGAUUAAGAGCUUGGAGCCCUACAACAAAAAGCUGGGCACGGACACGUGGUACUAUGCUAAAAGAUGUUUCCUGUCGCUGCUGGAAAAUAUGUGCAAGCAUGUGAUCAUGGUGCGUGACACCGUCAUUCAAGAAUGUAUCCAGUUUCUUGAGCACUGUGAAAUGUAUGGGAGGAAUAUCCCAGCUGUGAUUGAACACCCUCUUGAGGAAGAAAAGAUGCAUAGUGGGAAAAACACUGUUACUUACGAAGCCAGGCAGCUGAGGGCGCUGAUGUAUGAAGUUAUUGGGUGGAAUAAGUAAUUACUUUAGCAUUGCCACUCACAACAGCCGGGUGCAUCUUUUCUUGAAUGAGUCGUCUUGGU